AUGUGCAACUCCUGUUGUGGGUCCGUCUGCUCUGACCAGGGCUGUGGCCAGGAGACCUGUUGCAGGACCACCUGCUGCCGCCCCAGCUGCUGCAUCUCCAGCUGCUGCAGGCCCCUGUGCUGCCAGCCCACCUGCUGCCAGCCCACCUGCUGCCGCCCUUCCUGCUGCAUCUCUAGCUGCUGCAGCCCCAGCUGCUGCCAGACCACCUGCUGCAGGACCACCUGCUGCCGCCCCAGCUGCUGCAUCUCCAGCUGCUGCAGGCCCCAGUGCUGCCAGUCCACCUGCUGCCGCCCUUCCUGCUGCAUCUCUAGCUGCUGCCGCCCCAGCUGCAACCAGACCACCUGCUGCAGGACCCAGUGCUGCCGCCCCAGCUGCUGCGUGUCUACCUGCUGCAGGCCCCAGUGCUGCCAGUCCGUGUGCUGCCAGCCCACCUGCUGCCGCCCCAGUUGCUGCAUCUCCAGCUGCUGCCGUCCCUCAUGCUGUGGUUCCAGCUGCUGUAGACCCCCCUGCUGCAUCUCCAGUUGCUGUCGUCCCAGCUGCUGCCAGACCACCUGCUGUAGAACUCAGUGCUUCCGCCCUUGCUGCUGUGUGUCCAGCUGCCGCCCCAGCUGCUGCCAGAUCUCCUGCUGCCGCCCAAUCUGCUCUAGUAGUUCUUGUUGCUGA